AAAUUAGGUGGGUGUGGUGGCGCAUGCCUGUAAUCCCAGCUACUCGGGAGGCUGAGGCAAGAGAAUCACUUGAACCCAGGAGGAGGAGGUUGCAGUGAGCCGAGAUUGUGCCAUUGCACUCCAGCCUGGGCAACAAGAGUGAAACUCUGUCUCAAAAAAAAAAAAAAAAAAAAGACUGUCAUGAGAUGAACGUCAGGGUCAUAGAAGGAAUGCUAGCCUCACAAUGUAUCUGGGUGAAAAUGCUAUUGUCCUGAUACUGGUAUUUUUCCUAGGGAGGGGACUGUAUAUAUAUAUGUACAUUACAGGAAGAUACCAUGGCAACCUGCUUGAGGAAAAUGUGAGCCCUAAGCACCCUGGCUGGCAGGGCUGAAAUGGCAAAUCUGCUUUGCAUUAGAGGACAGUUUUCUACAUGGACAGGGUGCCCUGGUGGGUGGGGCUCUGUAUUUCUCAGGGAUUUCCCCAUCCGGCUCAAACACUGAGGAGAAAGGAUCUUGGAAUCAGAGGACACCACGAGGACUCUGGCUGCUGAGUGGGAAAAGGAUUGGCCAGGACAAGAGUAAAAAUAAGAGGAGAACAACAGAGCAAAAUUGCAAUUCUGAUAGUGUGGAAGAAAGAAAAGUGGCCAAUUAUCUUCUACAACGUGUAUGUAAGUGGAAUGAAAAAUAUCCAGGAUAUAUCCCAAACUGUUAAUGCAGCCUCCCCAGGAGCCCCGUGGCCAUGACACAGCUGCUUCUGUUCCUUGUGGCUCUCCUGGUUCUGGGUCAUGUGCUACCAGGGAGAAGUGAAUUCAAACGGUGCCGGAAGGGUCAAGGGGCCUGCCGAACUUACUGCACAAGGCAAGAAACUUACAUGCACCUGUGCCCGGAUGCGUCCCUGUGCUGUCUCUCCUAUGCGUUGAAACCUCCACCGGUCCCCAAGCAUGAAUAUGAGUAGCUGGUUCUUGCUGUCCAAUAAAACACAGGCUGCCA